GACAAAGUGGUGUCAUGGCUAUUAGUAGAUCGUAAAUUUUAGGAUAAUUAUUAUCGGAAUUUCAUAAGAACUUGAAUCCUAUAGCUAAUAUUUGAACUUCAAAGCAUAAAAUUUCAAGUCAUUGCAUUCGAAAUUACAAAAUAAGCUAUAUGUCUGGCUAAUUUUUAACUACUUUUUUUUUUCUAUCAUCGCAAUAUACACUUUACAGUACUUAUUUUUGCGUCGAGUAAUCGUAUGAUUUUGAUGGUGUAAGAAAUCUAAGUAAUUCGUUUAGUUCAUCGGCUUAAAUUGUAAUUUUAAGAAAAUAGUUUGAUUAAAUUAUAUUUUAUUUGAUUGAACUGUUGAAUCUCAGCAAGAUCAUUCCUUUAUGAAUAAUGGAAGAACCUGAUUCUGUAUCUGAUGACUUUAUUGUCUGUGGUAGCGAUGAUGAACUUGGGUCUUCUAAAGAAUUUACGAAUUCAUGGGAACCAUCACCUGAAGAAAUAAUAAAUAUGUAUGAAAUUUUAGAAAGUAAAGGAGUACUGGAUUUUGAAUGGCAGUGUCCCGGUAGAAGAUCACCAAGUAUUAAUUCAAUUAAGUCUGAUCUAAUGGAAAAAGGUUCAAUUUCAGAUGAUGAUAGUAAUAAGCAAGUUGAACCUAAUGAAUUUGAUUUCAAGGAUGAAUUUUCAGUGGAACAGCCAUCUCCAAAAAUUUCUCAAAGAAGAAGAGUAUCUCAUGUUAGUAGUGCACAGAAAAGAGUUGCAAGAUUGGAUAAAGUUAUGUAUGAUAUUCAAAGACAUCGUAAAUUAGAUGAACUUGAAUUGCAGAAAAGUGCACCUUCUACUAUAUCAAGUCCUACAAACAAUAACUCUGAUUAUAAACAUAAAUAUAUUAAUUAUUUGAUAUUUUUUCUUGAAGCUUAGAUAUAUAUAUAUAUAUAUAUUAAUUGAAAUUUGAAAAGUUGUAACUAAAGUAGAAUUGUAUUUUCCAAAAGAAAUUUCGGAUACAUUGUGUAUAGUUUUUUCCUUUUUGGCCUUUAUAAUAUCUUUCUGUAGUAUUGUAUAUAUACAAUAUAUAUAUGUAAGAUAUAAUAAAAUAUGAUAGCUGCUUUAAAAA